CGGGUUUUAAGGAAGUGUUUCUAGGAGACGGCGAUAGCCGGCUGCACUUUACCGGGGGCGGGCUGACGGACCCAGGAGCUGGCCCAGGGAGCGAGUUCCCGCUGGCUCUGGGUCGCUGUCACCGCCAGGUUUCUCUAACCUCAUGGUACGUCCGUGAGGCCGGCUGCCGGUAGACGUCUCACGAUGGAGCACAUCCGGACCACUAAGGUUGAACAAGUAAAAUUACUGGACCGAUUCAGUACCGGCAAUAAGUCAUUAACAGGAACACUGUAUCUUACAGCCACACAUCUAUUAUUUAUAGACGCUCAUCAAAAAGAAACCUGGAUAUUACACCACCAUAUUGCCUCAGUAGAGAAACUUGCUUUGACUACUUCAGGAUGCCCGCUUGUGAUUCAGUGCAAGAACUUCAGAAUUGUCCAUUUUAUUGUUCCCAGAGAAAGAGAUUGCCAUGAUAUUUACAACUCUUUGCUGCAACUGUCAAAACAAGCAAAAUAUGAAGAUCUCUAUGCGUUUUCUUAUAAUCCCAAACAAGAUGAUUCAGAACAACUACAAGGCUGGCAGCUCAUUGAUCUUGCUGAGGAAUAUGAGAGGAUGGGAUUGCCAAAUACACACUGGCAGUUGUCUGAUGCCAACCGAGAAUACAAGAUUUGUGAAACUUAUCCCAGAGAACUUUUUGUUCCCCGGAUAGCAAGUAAACCAAUAAUUGUUGGUAGUUCCAAGUUCCGGAGCAAGGGGAGAUUCCCAGUUCUUUCCUACUAUCAUCAAAAUAAGGAGGCUGCCAUUUGUCGAUGUAGUCAACCAUUGUCAGGAUUCAGUGCCAGGUGCCUGGAGGACGAACACUUGCUUCAAGCCAUCAGUAAAGCCAAUCCAGUCAAUCGUUAUAUGUAUGUCAUGGACACCAGGCCCAAACAUCGCAUGCAGAGCUGGUGGGCUACACAAAAGGACAUUGGCAGAAUUGUAGUGAGGAUAUCUUCAAAAAUCUGGAAUGAUGAGAAAAUAAGAGAAAGCGAUGAGAAAAAGCGACUAAAUGCAAUGGCCAACAGAGCAGCUGGAAAAGGUUAUGAAAAUGAGGACAACUAUUCUAAUAUUAGAUUUCAGUUUGUUGGAAUUGAAAAUAUUCAUGUCAUGAGAUCCAGCCUUCAGAAGUUAUUGGAAGUCAGUGGUACCAAAGGCCUUUCUGUCAAUGAUUUCUACUCUGGUCUAGAGAGUUCGGGAUGGCUUCGCCAUAUCAAAGCUGUGAUGGACGCUGCAAUCUUUUUGGCCAAAGCAAUAAUGGUUGAAAAUGCAAGCGUGCUGGUACAUUGUUCUGAUGGCUGGGAUAGGACUUCCCAAGUUUGUUCUCUAGGUUCUCUUCUGUUGGAUUCUUACUAUAGGACAAUCAAAGGAUUCAUGGUUUUAAUAGAAAAAGAUUGGAUCUCUUUUGGACAUAAAUUUUCAGAGAGGUGUGGCCAUUUGGAUGGUGACCCAAAGGAAGUCUCACCAGUAUUUGCUCAGUUCUUGGAAUGCGUGUGGCAUUUGACUGAACAGUUCCCACAGGCCUUUGAAUUCAAUGAAGCAUUCCUACUUCAGAUCCAUGAACAUAUUCAUUCAUGCCAAUUUGGAAACUUUAUUGGAAAUUGUCAGAAAGAAAGAGAAGAACUCAAAUUGAAAGAGAAGACUUACUCUCUGUGGCCAUUUCUUUUGGAAGAUCAAAAGAAGUACUUAAAUCCUCUCUACAGUUCCAAAUCUCAGAGAUUUACAGUUUUGGAGCCAAAUACAAUAUCUUUCAAUUUUAAGUUUUGGAGAAAUAUGUACCAUCAGUUUGAUCGAACAUUGCAUCCUAGGCAGUCUGUAUUUAAUAUAAUUAUGAAUAUGAAUGAGCAAAAUCAACAAUUGCAAAGAGAUAUUCAAGACCUAGAAUCUAAAAUUAAGCAAUGGAAAAAUAAACAAACAGAUGGCCUCCUCACCAAGGAAUUGUUAAAAUCAGUUCAUCCUGAAUCACCUACCCUCAAAACUUCCCUGUGUUUUAAGGAGCAGACUCUGCUACCUGCGAAUGAUACUCUUCGAACUAUAGAGGGCAGCAGCCCAGCAGAUAAUCGGUACAGUGAAUAUGCAGAAGAGUUCUCCAAAUCAGAGCCUGCUGUGGUCAGCUUAGAGUACGGAGUGGCAAGAAUGACUUGUUAGAUUUACGGAGUGUUUUCUGGACUAACUGUAGUAUAAAAAAUGGAUUAUUGUGAAGAUGGUCUGUGCAUAUGACCAAAAGGAAUCUGUUUAAUGAGGAUCUUAGGGUUUAACACACAUAGUAGACUAAUAGUUGAAGAAAGGACAAAAUAACGGCUCUUGUGAGACAAAUAAGUCAGCUUAUAUUGCACUUCCAGCAAGGAAUGACAUUCAGUUCUAUAAGAAAUGAGUAGUAUUUGGUGGAUUUAUUCAAAACACAAUUUGCACUGUACACUAGUGAAUUGACAUUUCUGUAUGAUUUAUAUGUUAAUUGCAGCCAAACACAAAUAGCCUUUCUUAAGUAUACUUUAACUUAGAGAAAAUAAAACUUUACAGAAUGGUUCCUUACUAAUUGACAUGGCAUGUACUUUCAGUUACGUAACUGUGUAACUGAAUAUUUACAUAUUUUGCCUUUUAGUGAUGUUUAAUGUUGAAGUGCCAUGAAAAAUAUUUCUAAGAAAGCCUUAAAUUCUCAGUUUUUUCUUUACCCUUAAGUUUUAUGGCCUACAGUAAGGUUUUUUGUUUUUUCUUUUAGUCAGCCUUGUUUUGUUUGUGAAGAGUUGCACUCUCAUCACCGCAGGGGUUGCAUGCUAUGCUAAACUCAAAGAUAAACAGUGGCAGAACUAUACUUUUUAUAAUUCAUGUUUAGCCAGCCCCGUUUCCAUGUUCAAAAUUAAUGAAACUGAAGGUUUUAUUCUUGUUAUAAUUUGUUUAGUGCUACAUUUGAUGAGUUCUUUUCAGUGCAGAUUAUUGAUUUUUUAAAGAUCUGUAUAAGCACAUUUGACUGCCUUUUAUAUAUGGAUAACUGCAUUCCAUUGAUUUUUAUUUUGUGGUUGGCUUUAUUCCUAUGAUAACUAUGUAAGUUUAAAGAGCUAGAGCUCUAAAACUGUUCUAGAAACAAUGAAUUCUACAUGUAUAUGUAUAUUUUAAACUGCCUAUCUCUUAACGAAUUGGUAUACCUAGAAUAUCUAACUUUUAGUUUACCUAAAAACUUUUGUGUAAAAUAAAAAGGGAAGUUCUCAUGGUUUAGAUUUUCCUUGGUAACAUGAAUGUUAAAGCAGUCAUUUCCGUGUGGAACAGUUUUUUCUUCUCUGUUAAGAAUAGAAGAAAAAAGGAGAAUUAAGGAGACUCUAGUACAAAGUUAAUGUUGAACAAAAGCAACUUAAACUCUGGGAAGGAUUUCAUUUUGCCAUGUUGUAGUUACUGUUUAUUCUGUGUACUAGUACGUAUCUUUCAAUUAAUAAAUAUAUUGCAAUUGAUAGUAUCAGUCUGGCUUUAAAAUUGAAAGUUUAAGUAACAUGGUGGCAUGAGGUAUGAUUCAGGGUACUAGGAAAUCUAUAUAGGAUCCCUCAUGCUUCUCUAUAUUAUACUUAUAUAUAUUAUUUUAAUUGUGAACAUAAAUAUCUUUUUCAAAUAGAAAAAAAAUCUUUAUUGUAUGAGAACUUAUCUAAUCCUGUUUAUUUUUCCAAUGUUCUGUAAUACAUUAUGUAAUAAGAAAAAUACUUGUUUUUAAAUGGUAGCAGAAAUGCACUAUAAAAUACAGUAUGUAAUUAACCUGUCCUAUCUCCAUAUAUAAGCACCAGGAGUGAACCUUAACCUCUGUGACCACAGAGGGAAGCUUUUGUGCCUUGGUGUUCUAAUUGUUGCUUGUGGUUUUAGAAUCUUCUGUGGCAGACUUCUUGUAUUCAACUCUUUUGUUUAUUAAUCUUCAACUCUAGGCAUAGGUAUAUGUGUUUAUUUCCUCUUACAUGGACUGAGAAGUCAGUUAACAUCCUAAGUGACCUGCAGGGUAUAUGUUGGCAAAAAAGCAGAUUGUGUAUAUCUCAUAUAAAAUUGGAUUUAUGUUCAUUGUGUUUGAGAAUGUAUAGCAUGUAAAUUAUUUCAUACAUUAUUUAAAGGUGAUUAAAUGUUCGUCUUUUUCUUUUGGAAAAAAAAACAAGUGUCAUCAA